AACGGGUGUUUUCGUGGUCGAUCAAAGUCAUAGCAGGCGUCGGAUAAGCAUAUGCGCACGUUAUAAAGAGCCAGGCCCCCAUCACAUCCCCUGCGCAAAUUAGGGUUCUCCCCCCAAAUCAAUUGAAUUUCUUGUCUCCUUUCCUUUCUCUUGCCCCCUAUUUAAUUCAACAAUCUCUACAGCUACUUUUCAAAUUUGCAGCCUACUGUUUAAUUAUUCUUGUUAUCGUAUGGUUUGUGUUUGACCAGAAGUAGGAUUUGAGGGGGCUAUGAUGUCUGAAGAGACUGAAAAUAUUAUGGUCGUUUAUGAUGAUCACUCUGAGCAAAGGUCUCUGUCAUUGGAUGAUACAAGCAGCACUGAGGAAUCACCAGAUGAAUCAAGAUUCUCCUUGGAAACAAAUGAUGCAAUUCCUUAUAUUGGGCAAAGAUUUACCACUCACGAUGCUGCCUAUGACUUCUACAGUGAAUUUGCCAAAAGAAACGGAUUUUCUAUUCGCCGUCAUCGCACAGAAGGUAAAGAUGGAGUAGGCAAAGGGCUAACGAGACGAUACUUUGUUUGCCACCGUGCAGGCAAUACUCCCGUCAAAGCCCUAACUGAAAAUAAGCCUCAACGAAAUCGCAAGUCCUCACGAUGCAAUUGCCAAGCAUAUAUGCGGAUAAGCAAGACAACUGAAAUGGGAGCAGCAGAAUGGCGAGUCACUGGAUUUGGAAACAAUCAUAAUCAUGAACUUCUAGAAGCGAACCAAGUUCGUUUUCUUCCUGCAUAUCGAACCAUCUCAGAUACAGAUAAGAGCAGGAUUCUUAUGUUUGCGAAAACUGGAAUUUCAGUGCAACAGAUGAUGAGGCUCAUGGAGCUAGAGAAAUGCGUGGAACCUGGAUAUCUGCCCUUCACAGAGAAGGAUGUUCGAAAUCUGCUCCAGUCAUUUAGGAAAGUAGAUCCAGAGGACGAGAGCAUAGAUCUACUGAAAAUGUGCAGAAACAUUAAGGAUAAAGAUCCAAAUUUUCAGUUUCAGUAUACACUUGAUUUAAACAAUAGGCUGGAGAAUAUUGCCUGGUCAUAUGCCUCUUCAAUCAGGUCAUAUGAGGUGUUCGGUGAUGCAAUUGUAUUUGAUACAACCCGCCGCUUAACUGCAUUUGACAUGCCCCUUGGAAUAUGGGUUGGAAUGAAUAACUAUGGUAUGCCUUGCUUCUUUGGUUGUGUUCUUCUAAGAGAGGAAAACUUGAGAUCAUUCUCCUGGGCUCUGAAGGCAUUCGCUGGUUUCAUGAAUGGUAAGGCUCCACAGACAAUAUUAACCGAUCAAAAUAUGUGUCUGAAAGAAGCAAUAUCAAUUGAGAUGCCUACCACCAAGCAUGCCCUUUGCAUUUGGUUAAUUGUGGCCAAGUUCCCGUCUUGGUUUAAUGCUGUCCUGGGAGAACGCUACAAUGAGUGGAAGGUUGAGUUUUAUCGAUUAUUUAAUAUGGAGUCAAUCGAGGAAUUUGAACUUGGGUGGAGGGACAUGGUCGCUUCCUUUGGACUUCAUACUAACAGGCAUAUAGCAAGUUUGUUCGCAUUAAGAUCACAUUGGGCAUUGCCAUACUUAAGAAGCUAUUUCUUUGCUGGAAUGACCACUGCUGGACACGCGAAGUCUAUUAAUGCUUUCAUCCAACGGUUUCUCAGUGCACAAACAAGGCUUUCACAUUUUGUGGAGCAAGUUGCCACUGCUGUGGAUUUUAAAGAUCAAGCAGGAGAACAACAAACAAUGCAACAGAAUAUCCAAAACAUAUGCCUGAAAACUGGGGCUCCUAUGGAAUCGCAUGCGGCCAUAAUAUUGACCCCUUUUGCAUUCUCUAAGCUUCAAGAACAACUUGUCUUGGCUGCCCAUUAUGCAUCAUUUCAGAUGGAUGAAGUUUUUCUUGUUAGGCACCACACAAAGCUUGAAGGAGGACGGAGUGUUUAUUGGUCUCCACAGGAAGGAAUAAUUAGUUGCAGUUGCCAUCAGUUUGAGUUUUCCGGAAUACUUUGUCGGCAUGCCCUGCGAGUUCUCUCUACUGGAAAUUGCUUUCAAAUCCCAGAGAGGUACCUUCCUCUCCGAUGGCGUAGAAUUAGCACUCCAUCUGCCAAGCUCCUCCAUACUAGUUCAAGCGAUCAUGCUGAACGAGUGCAGUUAUUACAGAAUAUGGUGUCAACUCUUAUCACAGAAUCUGCCAAGUCAAAAGAUCGUCUUAAUAUUGCAACUGACCAAGUUUCAAUGCUUCUGUCUCGGAUUAAAGAGCAUCCUGUACCCUCAUCAGGCACGAGAGAAAUUGCUUCUUAUAAAAGGAAUCUUGAUUACAGGUGAUACACCAUAGAACCAUACCAAGAUUUUGUUGUAGAAAGCAGUGAUUAACAUUUAAACCACAAGGAUUUAGUGCUUCACAUAUGGAAUGAUACCUCUCUUUCUUAAAGAGUUGUAGAUGCCUUGUUGCUGAUACUCUGUGCUUGACAUUUUUGUAAUUACAGACUGACAGUUGGUUUUACUUGUGAGGUACUAUAACUUAUACUAACAUAUCUAUUAAAGUGGAGUAUGUGCAAGUUCAUAUUUUUAUGUGUAAAAUUUUAGACCUUUAGAACUAAA